UGGUGGAGGAGGAAAAAACGCCAUUGUUCCCGCAGCAGCAGGAGCCCAACAUGGACGCUGUUCUGGAUCCCUUCUCUGCGCUCGACUCUCUCUCCUCCCCUCCUUAUUUCGACGAUGACGACUUCUUCACGGACCAGUCCUCCAGGGACGGCCACCUGGACACCGAGGACUUUCUAGAUGAAGAUGUGGACUUCCUCAGCUCUCACCUCCAGGACUAUUACAGCAAAGACGGCUGCGGCAGAGCGGCGCCCCACGAUGGGGACUAUGACCUCGGCAGCCUGUCAUUCUCUUCCUCCUCCUCCACGUUUUCGUGCACACCCGACCUGUCCCCGCAGACCGGCCGCCACGUCGGGCCGCUGCUGAAGCGCCGCAGGCGGCUGCGUUCGGAGAUGGAGAUGCAGCAACUGCGGCAGGCGGCGAAUGUCCGGGAGCGCAGAAGGAUGCAGUCCAUCAACGACGCCUUCGAAGGGUUGCGCUCUCACAUCCCCACCCUGCCCUACGAGAAGAGGCUGUCCAAGGUGGACACGCUGCGCCUGGCCAUCGGCUACAUCAACUUCCUAGCUGAGCUCGUGCAGUCUGAUCUGCCAAUCAGAAACUCCAACAGUGAGACACACGCGCAGCCAAAGAAGGUCAUCAUCUGCCAUAGAGGAACAAGGUCUCCUUCUCCCAGUGACCCGGACUACGGCCUGCCCCCGCUGGCCGGCCACUCGCUGUCCUGGUUCGAUGAGAAGCAGCUCCGGGAGCAGAACAUCAUCCGUACCGCCAAGGUGUGGACCCCGGAGGACCCCCGGAAACAACACCAUACGGCCCUUACGGACAUUGAAAACGAGCCUCCUUUCGGCCUGGUGGCCUGAUGAGACGCUCCGGAACCUCCUGAUGAGCCUCCAGGAGCCAUGAAGCCAUUAAGUAAAUGUCGAACUAGCACUGAAGUCGCAACCAGCGCACUGUACGGCUCCCCAACCGGAAUCAGUGCUACAUACCUUUAUCAUGUUGAUAAUUGUGUUAUUUGUA